AUGACUUCUUUAGCAGCCGCCCUGGGCAGGACGCCGCAAGGACCGGGACCUGGGACGACCUCGGAUGCUUUCCCCAUCCCGACCCCAGUGCUGGCCAUCGAAGAGGCGGAGGGAGAGGAGGACGAAGGCGAAGAGCCUGCGGAGAUCCAUCUGUGCAUGCUGUGGAAUUCAGGAUACUUGGGCAUUGCCUACUAUGACACUAGUGACUCCACCAUCUAUUUCAUGCCAGAUGCCCCAGACCAUGAGACCCUCAAGCUCCUCCAGAGAGUUCUGGAUGAAAUCAAGCCCCUGUCCAUUGUUACAAGUGCCAAACAGGAAGAGAAUAUGACUCGGUUUCUGGGGAAGCUUGCCUCCCAGGAGCAUGCAGAGUCUAAGAGACCUGAAAUAGUACUUUUCCCAAGUGUGGAUUUUGGUCUAGAGAUAAGCAAGCAGCGCAUCCUCUCUGCAAGCUAUUCCUUCAUCCCAGAUACCAUGACUGCCACAGAGAAAAUCCUCUUCCUCUCUUCAAUUAUUCCCUUUGACUGCCUCCUUACGGUUCGCACACUUGGAGGGCUGCUCAAGUUCUUGGGUCGAAGAAGAAUUGGAGUUGAACUGGAAGACUCUAAUGUCAGCGUCCCCAUCCUGGGCUUUAAGAAAUUUGUGUUGACCCAUCUGGUAAGCAUAGAUCAAGACACUUACAGUGUUUUGCAGAUAUUUAAGAGCGAGUCUCACCCUUCGGUGUAUAAAGUAGCCACUGGAUUAAAGGAGGGGCUCAGUCUUUUUGGAAUCCUCAACAGAUGCCGAUGUAAGUGGGGAGAAAAGCUACUCAGAUUAUGGUUCACACGUCCAACUCUGGACCUGCGGGAACUGAAUUCUCGUCUUGAUGUCAUCCAAUUUUUCCUGCUGCCCCAGAAUCUGGACAUGGCUCAGAUGCUGCAUCGGCUAUUGAGUCACAUCAAGAAUGUGCCUCUAAUACUGAAACGCAUGAAGUUGUCCCACACCAAGGUCAGCGACUGGCAGGUGCUGUACAAGACUGUGUACAGUGCCCUGGGCCUCAGGGAUGCGUGCCGCUCCCUGCCUCAGUCCAUUCAGCUCUUCCGGAACAUUGCCCAGGAAUUCUCUGAUGACCUGCAUCAUAUCGCCAGCCUCAUUGGGAAAGUAGUGGACUUUGAGGGCAGCCUUGCUGAAAACCGCUUCACCGUUCUCCCCAACAUAGAUCCUGAAAUCGAUGAGAAAAAACGAAGGCUGAUGGGACUGCCCAGUUUCCUCACAGAAGUCGCUCGGAAGGAGCUGGAUAUUCUGGACUCCCGUAUUCCUUCAUGCAGUGUCAUCUACAUCCCUCUGAUUGGCUUCCUUCUUUCUAUUCCCCGCCUGCCGUCCAUGGUGGAGGCCAGUGACUUUGAGAUUGAGGGACUGGACUUCAUGUUUCUGUCAGAGGAGAAGCUGCAUUAUCGUAGUGCUCGAACCAAGGAGCUGGACGCAUUGCUGGGGGAUCUGCACUGUGAGAUCCGGGACCAAGAGACUUUAUUGAUGUAUCAGCUGCAAUGUCAGGUGCUGGCCCGGGCAGCUGUCCUGACCCGGGUUUUGGACCUUGCUUCCCGCCUGGAUGUCUUGCUGGCUCUUGCCAGUGCUGCCAGGGACUAUGGCUACUCAAGACCCCAAUACUCCCCCAGACUCCUUGGAGUAAGAAUCCAGAGAGGCAGACAUCCUCUGAUGGAACUCUGUGCCAGAACCUUUGUGCCCAACUCUGCAGAAUGUGGUGGGGACAAAGGGAGGGUCAAAGUCAUCACUGGGCCCAACUCUUCAGGGAAGAGUAUAUACCUCAAACAGGUAGGCUUGAUCACAUUCAUGGCUUUGGUGGGCAGCUUUGUGCCAGCAGAGGAGGCUGAAAUCGGGACAGUAGAUGCCAUCUUCACUCGAAUCCAUAGCUGUGAAUCCAUCUCCCUUGGCCUUUCCACCUUCAUGAUCGACCUCAACCAGGUCGCAAAAGCUGUGAACAAUGCCACUGAGAAAUCUCUGGUCCUUAUCGAUGAAUUCGGAAAGGGAACCAACACGGUGGACGGGCUUGCCCUCCUAGCUGCUGUGCUCCGACACUGGCUGGCCCUCGGCCCCACAUGCCCACAGAUCUUUGUGGCCACCAACUUUCUGAGUCUUGUUCAGUUACAGCUGCUGCCACAAGGACCCUUCAUUGAGUAUUUGACCAUGGAGACGUGUGACGAUGGAGAUGACCUUGUCUUCUUCUACCAGAUUUGCAAAGGUGUUGCCAAUGCCAGCCAUGCUUCCCACACAGCUGCCCAAGCUGGGAUUCCUGACAAUCUUAUUGCUCGUGGCAAGGAGAUCUCAGACUUAAUCCGCAGUGGAAAACCAAUCAAGCCUGUCAAGGAUUCACAAAAAGAGAAUCAAAUGAAAAAUUGCCAGGCCUUGGUGGAUAAGUUUCUGAAACUGGAUUUGGAAGACCCCGGCCUGGAUCUGGAUGCAUUCAUGAGUCAGGAAGUGCUGCCUGCGGCCAGCUCCAUCCUCUAA